AUGUUGGGGAAACUAUUCAACCUCACCUCGGGGACGGCCGCUGCAGCAUCGCCCCAGGAAGAGUACAUCCCAGUCAACGUGUCGCCCGAGUCCAUCCAGGAAGAGAUACAUACGCGCAGCCUCCUGUUUCCGGACGCUCAGACACUCUUCAACCAGGAUCAGGUGUUUCCGCUCUCUUCAGCUUCAUCACUGCCGCCGAGCACCACGAGCACCUUCGAUUAUGACGGCGAUAUCGAUUUGGAUGCGCGAGAUGUGCGGGUUAUUAUCAUGCAGGAUAGUCUGGGGGCUGUCAACCCGUCGUUACUGUUUGACAGUCAUCCCGCACCGGCUGUACCCGCACCCGAGUCACGCCAGUCGCCCGGGACUCCGCAUAACCAGACUUUCAUGAAGGACCUCCGCCGGAAUCCAACCUCCCCGAGGAAGACGAGCUUGAGUCAGACGAGGCCCAUGGUCAUCCAACCGGACAGCCCGCAACAGCGGCAGGGCGCAUUCGACCGGCGGCCGUCCUUCCAGGCGCGCAACUACAGCUCGCCUGAGAGCGAGGCACAGCGUGCCGCCAGAGAAUACCGCGAGGAGCUGUCAAGUUUCACCAGUUGCAUCUUUGCGAACACCGAGGUCAUGUCCUAUAAAGGAACUUCAACAAAGGUCCAUAUCGUGCCUAGCGACAGCCGACCCGAGGUAGCGAGUUCAUUCGUGGGGGAUGGCAAAGGUUCCAUGGGCAGGGCGAGCAUGCGUUCCAGUCGACUCUCGCAGUCGUUCACAUCUGAGGCGGCCGCAGCCCCGUUCUCGCCAUCCAACGCGACGAACAGGGCGGGUGACCGCAAGAAGAUUCUGGUCACUCGCCUAUUUCCUGUCAACCUCCCAAUAGACGACCCAGAGUCUCCAAAUGCCGGCGUGACGCCCCAUAGUCGCUUCUCCGAGGAUGGCAGCGGGUUCCCCUUUCCGUGCUCUCCAGAUGACUCUGGCGUCAAGAAGAAGAAGUUGCAGCCUAAGCAGAAGCGGACUCCCAUGUACGCUGUGGCCUUGGUUCUUCAACUACCGCCGGACCCUACACCUUCGGCCACCCUGGGUACCAAGCCUACAUUCCGUGGCCCGAGCUCCUACACCGAGCAGGACUCAUUCCCAUCAUCCUUCAGCUCAGCCCGCCGUGCUGGUUGGACCAUGGUGGGCACGGGCGCGGCUGAUUCCUUCGAGUCUAGCUACGGCAAUGAAGUAGAAGACAAGAUGGAUGCAAUCACGCAACAUUGGGACAUCAUCAUGAGAACUUUGACGCACCUUCAGUCUGUCGUUGCCACCACGUUGUUCCCUAUGCUGAAACAAGCGGACUACCUGUCUCCGGAUCCGCAUCAGCCAGCAGCCUCGGCGCAGGUCGUCAGGAAUUCAUCGGUCAACGGUAGACGGGGAUCCAACGCCUCACUUAUGCAGAUGAAGCCUGCAAAGACCAAUGCCAAAUUGGUUACCCUUCAGCCAAACUGCCUGAUGCAGGAGCAGCAUCUCAGCCGCGCGGUCGACACAGCGCGCGUGCGCAUUGUGUCGGGCCUGCGGGCAACGAGGGUAGUGACAGGACAAGGACGCUGGGGCCCCUGGCGAGAGGAAGCGAGAUGGGUUGCCAAAUAUGCUGGAGCAAAAGAGCAAGGUUUCUUCUUCUUCAACCUUCUGACGGGGUUUCUCGCAACCCACACGGAUUGGCUCCAAGCAUUAAGUCCCAUCUGGUACCGGAGACGACACUACCAGCAACAGAAGGCAAAGAGCGAGGAGGACACAUCAUUACCCUCGCGGACCAUUAUUGUUUCCAACAACAAGAUGGCUGCAAGGCGCCUCAUUUUUCUGCUGUCCGCCUUUCUCCCAGCUAAUCAGCAGCUGCCCACCAUUCGAGCUCAGAGGCCAAACACGUCGGCUUCGUUCUCACAUUCGCCCCCUUCAUAUAUCAUUCCAAUCCUGAAGGAAGAGUCUCUGCGCCGGAAAAUCAACCGACGCCCUGGCGGCCAAAGAGAAAGGGGCGCGUCGCACCAACGCAGCUUCAGCAUACAGUCACAGGCUACCACGAGAUCUGUCACUGGUAUACCCGCACAACUGGACCAUCUAAGCAUGGAUAGCCACCAUCGUCGGAGACCAUCGGAUGCUACCCUGUUUAAGCCAAUGACAGCGACGACACAUGGAAGUGACCUGAACACCCGAAAGAGUAGUGCAGCAACCACGCACACCAUCACCCCGGAUGCUGCCAUUCCGCACUUCUCGAGCGUCCAUCGAAGUAACACGCGGAGAACUAACAGACCGGGCAGCAGUGGGAGUAUGGCUGCCGAUGACCUGAAACGCACCCUGAGAAGAGGCGACAGCACAGGGCACGCCAGCAUGGCCAGUAUUGAUUCUAGCCGCCGGAGUUCUCACUGGGGGAGUGUUAUCAGUGGACUCUGGAGUGCAAGGCGCCGGGACUCGACAGCUAGUACCACACAGACUCUGGAUUUCACAACAAGCCGUGACAGCCCGUUGCAAUCUCCGACAAAGCCGGCAGAAAGAAUGGACAGGCUGGCGGAAAUGGUUAGCGAAAUAGCGGUGGAAACUCCAACUCGAGACGACUUCGAAGUGGAUCAGGUGCCUCCCGAAGGCCUUGCAGCUCAGCCCGACACUCCUCGUACAGUAGAGCGUAAGAUCCCGACCGAAGAGACUGCCAAGCGGACCCCUGACCCCUCAGGAGCUUUUGAGUCUCCGGUGAAAACCUCAAUUUCCGCAGAUGAUGGCGUGAUCGAUGUUGAUGUCCAAUUCCCAGACUAUUUGACGUCUUUUGAAUCUGCUAUCAGCUCUCCGUCAAGCAGCGGCUAUCUUUCUACCCCUGGUUUUGGUACCGGGGUGGACAGCUUUGAGCAGUUUUCGAGGGUUGCCAUAGACGGGGAGGCCCCGCUCAACGUAGCCGGAUGGUUGCAGCAAUUCCAUCCGGACUUUUCGUUGCAGGCGAUUCCUCCGCAGUCGGACCUUUUUGAGAAGGUCAAGGAGUCUCUGAAGGCAGAGCCGACUCCUUCUUAUCAUACUCAGCAGCUCCCUGUUGCGUGGCCCGCCGAGCAGUGGGUGGACGUCAGCAGUGCUAUCAUUGCGGACACCACAAACUUUACCAUCAAGCGAGUCAGCUUCCGUAGACUUGUGAAGCCCAAAGUACCCUCGGACGGAAGCAGUGGGCAACGCUUGUCGAGUUCCACCAACCCGUACAGCUCUUCAAUGAUAACCCCUGCUCUGUCACCAUACGAGCAACCUCUGAAAGAGAAGUUUGAGGAAGAGGUCCUAUUUACCUGGGACGAAUCCUUGAUUGAAGCUGUGGAGCGGGUUAUUGCACAGACAGUGCAUAACAGUCAAGAGAACUCGGCGAACUCGUCACGGUCUGUUAGCAAAAGGCGAGAACGACGGGAUAGUGAAGUUUCUGAGCCAGGAUUGCCUGACCUGUCACCGAAUCAGCCUGAAGCCCUGGAGGUGCCUCGCGCAGAGUGCAAGACAGUUGUCCUGUCUGCUCUCGAAAACAUCGUGCAGAACGUGGUUGAUCAGAGGGAGAGACAGGGCCGCUCCGCUUCUGGGAAGGUCACUUAUGAGACUUCAAGUGAGAAGGAGAGUGUGCUGAAAGGUGCAGUCAGGACGUGGCUCGAAGAGGUUGAGCUUGGGGACGCAUGA